AUGAGCAUUUAUUCAGUCCGCGACAUUAAGGGUGAAGAAGCAUUGAUCUCGACAUCGACUCGGGUCAGCGACCUCACCAACAGCAGGCUUUCCGGACACUUAAACGUGCGGGAAGUUAGCAGCAAGGCAACUUUCCCCUUUCUCGACUUACCAGCGGAGUUGCGAAACAAAAUCUAUGGCUACUUGCUGUCGACCAAGUACACCAAAGUCGAGCUGACGUACCACCUGCAAGGCCCACGAGACGGCUUUCCAUCAUAUCAGCCUUCUCAUUACUACCGCUUUCAAACAGGAAUCCUAGGCAAAAAUCGACAAGCAUACUUUGAGGCUGCCGAUAUAUUCUAUCGCAAAAACCUGUUUGUAUCUCUCACGCACUCACGCUUUGGGUUUGACUCGAAAAUGGCAGGGGUCGUCGUUGUGGCCACUGACCACCAUGCGAGCAACUUCAAGCAUCUCUCCAUGAGAGUGCACAUCAGCCCUCACUGGUAUAGUGACGAGCGAUCGCAUACCCCUUUUGAUCAGUUUAUCAUAGCUGUAGACGAUCUACCUUCCUUUUGCAACAUUCUACCGGGAUUGAAUAUCCAUGGUCUUAGACACUGGAAGAGGGGGAUAUGGAUUUCAACUAAUGUCUGUGUCCAAAUUAAUGUUCAACGCUUUGCGGAUGUUGAGCGCAGUCACACAAAGCCUGAAACGGAUCCUUCCUCGGUGAAGAAACUACUGGAGCCUUUUCGCCGUCUCUAUGGUAUGAGAGUCAGAGUAGGAGGCCAUGUGACGCCAUCAUAUAAGGAGAGCAUCGAACAAUGUGCCGCGCGACAGCCACCCACAGCUGCGGAUCUGGUACGCAUGAUCUCCAAGCGCAGAGAGGAGGGCACCCAGUCUAUGCAGAGUAGCAACAUUGCCACAGCGGUGACAACAUUCGAGUCGGCUUUGGAUUUGUUGAGGUCAGGCCACAUGCGCCAUACAAUCCAUCCAGUGACGGUAGCGACACCAGAAACUCCCGAUAAACAGGUCACGACAGCAAUGCAAACCCUCGAAAUCAAUCUCAGAUGUCUGCUAGCUUCUUCGUACUUGGAGCUUGGAGAACAUGCCAAAUCCUAUCGCUGUGCGCAGGACUUGAGGCUCACAAAAUUGUUCGAUCGCUACCGUACUUUUAAUCCACCGGAAGGGCCAGACUGGGCUCGCAUAAUGUUCAUCCAGGCCAUGGCUGGAAAGGCCUUGGGUCAGCCGGUUCAAGCGCUCAUGGAUCUCGACCUUGGGCUGACUUUUUCUCCUGAUGAUGAGGCAAUGAAGGAAGAGAGAAAAUCUUUGUGUGUGUUUGUACGGAAAAAGAUGAAUAGCGAUUUGCAGAUGAAUGGGGCGCGGGCUUUGGAUAGGAGGACUACAAGGUUAAAGAAGCGUCAACCCUCUGCUGUAGCUCAGAGCGUGGUGUGA